AUGCGAAUUUCUUGGGAACCGUUUCAUAAGUCGAAGGGUGACCCAAGUGAUCCUUUGAACAGCUCUAGGAGUCCUGUUGUCCCCAGUAAACACCUCAGUCUGCCCAAUGGGUAUGACGCAGUUAUGACAUCAGUGAGUGGCCGCGCAGAUGAUCUUUCCUACCGCUGCUCGUCCGAUGCCUUUGAUCCUGACGGACGCACUUUCAAUAUUUCAGAAAAUUGGACUGUGCUGUCCACAGAGGGAGAUAAACCUAUUCCUCGUUUCUAUCAUGCAGCAGCCAUUGUAAGUAGCAAGAUGGUAGUGUUUGGUGGUGAUUCUGGUCAACGCUUAUUAAAUGACACAAAGAUACUGAAUUUAGAGAAUCUUACUUGGGAUUCUGCGCCUCCUAAAGUUUGCCCAUCGCCAAGCGGACGUUCAAUGAAGUUGCCAGCCUGCAAAGGUCAUUGUCUGGUUCCAUGGGGAAAUAGUGUCAUUCUUGUCGGAGGUAAAACUGAGCCUGCUUCUGAUCGUUUAUCAGUAUGGACUUUCAAUACCGAAACGGAGCUUUGGUCACUUAUUGAAGCCAAGGGUGAUAUCCCUGAUCCUUCUAAUUUUGGAGGCCACUCAAAAUCCAAGACACUUAAUGACUUGUAUUCCUUAGAUUUUGAUACAAUGGUAUGGUCAAGAGUGAAGACUCAUGGUCCUCACCCAUCACCUCGAGCUGGUUGCAGCGGAACUCUGUGUGGAACUAAGUGGUACAUAGCUGGGGGUGCAAGCACGAAAAAAAGUAUGUCUCAAGCUCUCAAUUUGGAAGAUGAGUUGGUGGGUUUCAGCAUGGUUCCUUUCUACCACAGAGACAAGAUUGCACUUAUUGCAUUUGGAGGGAACAAAAAAGAGCCGUCCAACAAGGUUGAAGUAUUAGUGGUACUGCAAAAUGAGCAUUCUUUUAGUUGGCGUUCGGCCCCAGAAGUGGACCGUGUGCUGUACGAGUACUCUCCAAGCAAUAAGGAGCUUGCUGAUCAUCUCAACAAAUGUGCCCCCUUGUACUCUAACAGUUCCAUCACAAGGCAUAGUCUCACUUCUGUGAUAGAACACCCUCCUAGAAGGGAACCCCUCUCUGAGUCAUUGUUGAAGCAGUCCAGUUUGGGCACUUCACUCCAUGGGCAGUUGGAUCAAGUAGAAGAGUGCAGCCUAGGUCAGAAAUUGCAGAAACCAAUCGAUGAUGACAGAUACGAUGACGUCGAUGACGACUCUUCAUGUCAAGAUAGCACUCCAAAAGGGAAUCGGAGCAAAAGGACAGGACCUGGUACUCAGAAUGACAAUGUAAGAAGGAUAGCUAGAUGCUCUUCAGAUGUUAGCCAGAGCCACUUAUACAACACAAAAAUAGCAGACUUAAUCAGAAGAAACACCACGCUCGAAGACAAGCUUUCGACCGCGCUGGCAAGCAAAGACCAGCUAGAGAAGAGCUUAUCAUCGGUCAUUCACAGCAGAGAACAGCUGGAGAAGAUGCUUGCCAACAAAGAUAAGGAGGCUGAGAUGCUGAAAGAGAAGAUAGCAUGCUUAGAGCUGGCGCAUGAGGAGUCGAACAGCCUCUCGAACACGGUCCACGCUGAUAAUGUGCGCCUCGAGCGUGAAGUGGCGUUCCUGAAGGCCGUCACAGAUGAAACCCAGAAGGCAAGGAAACUUGAUGUUUACUAG